ACAACUCUUCCUUGUGCGUCAUCUGACUCCUCCCACUAGCGACAGUGCGAGCUCUUUGAUUUUGAACUACUGUUUUUUUUCUGCUUAAUCUGCAUUAACUAGUUUUAGAAACUUUCUUUUUUGUUUCUGGAUACAUAUCAUCUUAAAAUGCAGGCACUAAGAAAUAUGUUUCGUUCGUGGUCAUCUGAUGCCAGACUUGACGGUAAAACUGUUAUAAUUACUGGAGCUAACACUGGAAUUGGCAAAGAAACAGCCAUUGACCUGGCAAAGAGAGGGGCACGGAUCAUUAUGGCUUGCAGGGAUACAGAGAAAGCAGAUGCAGCCCUGAAAGAAGUUAAGGGUGCUUCAGGAAACCAGGAUGUUGUUACCAGAAGGCUUGACCUGGCAGAUUCCAAAUCAAUCAGAGAAUUUGCAGAGAACAUCAAUAAAGAGGAGAAACAAGUCAACAUCUUAAUUAACAACGCUGGUUUGAUGGCUUGUCCUUACGGAAAGACUGCAGAUGGUUUUGAAAUGCAAAUAGGGGUGAACCACUUGGGUCACUUCCUGUUGACUUACCUGUUAUUGGAUUUGAUUAAAAGAUCAACGCCAGCAAGGAUCAUUAAUAUCUCGUCCAUGGCACACCAGUGGGGGACCAUCAACUUAGAGGACCUCAAUAGUGAGAAGAACUACGAUAAACAGAAAGCCUACGCCCAGAGCAAGCUGGCAAACAUUCUGUUCACUCGCUCAUUGGCCAAAAGAUUAGAAGGUACUGGAGUGACAGCGUAUGCUCUCCAUCCUGGCGUGGUUCAGACUGAUUUGUGGAGGCACAUGAAUAUAGUUCUACAAGCUGGCUUGUGGUUGUCAAAGCCCUUCACCAAAACAACUGCGCAGGGAGCUCAGACCUCCAUCUACUGUGCCGUGGCCCCUGAACUGGAGACAGAGAGUGGCAAAUAUUACAGUGACUGUGCACCUGCUAAAUGCUCCCAGGCUGCCAUGGAUGAUGAGACGGCCCAGCGCCUCUGGGAACUCAGCUGUAAGAUGCUCAGCAUCACAUGGGAAUGAAAACUCAACUCUCUUCCUGAUGACUUCAAGUUUUAUUGCAGUCUGCCUGAGAUCAGCGUAUCUGUCCAAUUUAGAAAUACUAAUAGUUAAUAUUAAUAUUAACAUAAUAUCAAAAAGAGAACUGGCUAUCAAAUAUGAUGGGCUUUACAUUAUGUGAAAUUUUAAAACGUAUAUUUUUUGGUCUCAGGUUGCUUAUAUCUAAUAAUAAAGGUACAUAUUUAUGCACUAAAUUAUAUAUUGCAUUAAAUAAAUGCCAGAUUCAAAUAGUUGAAAAUGCACUAAGUAUAUGUGAAUAUGUUUAAUGCAUUUCAAUUUUUGUAUCCUGGAAUUAAUUUGCAAUAAAAAGUUUGGUAUGACCCAAAA